UUUUUUCCUUUUUUGAACUCCACACUAUCCCGCUCUCACGCUCCUGUUAUUUUCUCUCUCUAAAUCUCUCUCACAAGAAGAGCUCCCUGCAUGAUUGACCUUACCCACUUUUUGUAGAGGACUUUGAGCUCAGAGACAGAGUAAAGGUUUGAUGAGUCCAAUUUGUCUUUGAAAGCACCGCCUUGUUCCUUCACCAAGGCCUGUAACUAUGAAGAAAGGGAAUCUGGCUACUGCUAAUUUUGGAGAGCCGAUUCCUCGAAUAACACGAGCUCGAGCUGCUGCUUGUCAGCAAUCUGGAGGGAUUUACCCUUCAAAAGCAACAAAGAAACAGGAUGAAAACCGGUUUUCAACAAAGCAGCAGGAUCAAAAGCGCGUUCUACGGACAAAUUCAAAAAGAGCAGCCCUAGAUGAGGUGAACAACAGUGCUCCUGUUACUUCUGGUGUUCAGAACAAGAGGAGGGCAGUGCUUAAGGAUGUCACAAAUUCAAAAAGAGCAGCCCUAGAUGAGGUGAACAGCAGUGCUCCUGUUACUGCAGGUGUUCAGAACAAGAGAAGGGCAGUGCUUAAGGAUGUCACAAAUGUUUUCUGUGAUUCCUAUAGGAACUGCCUCAUGGCGCCAAAAGUUCCGAAAAACAAUAGCAAACAGACCAGAAAGGGCUCAGUGAAUGUUUCCAAGGUUGCUCCCUCUGUUGCAGUAGCAAUGCAGAAGCUCCCAGCUGAUUUAAAAUUGAAAGCAGCUCAAUUAUUUCUAAAUACAGAAGUUAAAUCCUCAGAAGGUGAAUGUCCAGUGGUGUGGGAAAGCAAAAUAACUUUGCAGAGAGGGAUUACUGUACAAGGGUGUUAUGACAAUCCUCAGACUGGGAAAGAAAACACGGUGCCUUCCCAAGCUCAAAAGUUUUCGAAGAGAGAUAAAGUUGGCCUUGGUGGGAAGUCGGAAUCUAUCAAUCCAGACAUUAUAGACAUUGAUUCUGACCACAAGGAGUCUCAAUUGUGCAGCCUCUACGCUCCUGAUAUCUACAGCAAUUUACAUGUUGCGGAGCUGAUGCGAAGGGCACAUACAAAUUUUAUGGAAGAAGUACAGCGAGAUAUCACUCAAAGCAUGAGGGGAAUUUUAAUUGAUUGGCUUGUCGAGGUAUCUGAGGAAUAUAAGUUAGCAGCUGACACACUAUAUCUCACAGUGCAUUUCAUUGACCUGUUUCUCUCUCAAAACUAUAUCGAAAGACAAAGACUACAACUGCUCGGCAUCACUUGCAUGUUGAUUGCCUCGAAGUAUGAAGAGAUCUGUGCUCCUCGUGUGGAGGAAUUUUGCUUUAUCACUGACAAUACUUACAAUCGAGAAGAGGUCCUCAAAAUGGAGAGUCAAGUUUUGAACUACUUGGCCUUUCAGCUUUCCUCACCCACUGCGAAAUCUUUCCUGAGGAGAUUCUUACGAGCAGCACAAGCUUCUUACAAGACCCCUAGUCUUGAACUGGAGUUUCUGGCCAAUUAUUUAGCAGAACUGACAUUGGUGGAAUAUGAGUUCUUGAAAUUCAUUCCUUCAAUAAUUGCUGCCUCAGCUGUAUUCCUAGCCCGAUGGACAUUAGAUCAGUCAAGCCACCCAUGGAAUGCAACACUCGAACACUACACGAAUUACAAGGCAUCAGAUUUAAAAACUGCAGUUCAGGCAUUGCAAUGUUUACAAUUGAAUACUGACGGUUGCCCUCUGAAUGCUAUUCGCUCGAAGUACAAGCAAGAUAAGUAUAAAUCUGUAGCAGCUUUGACUUCCCCGGAACUUCUUCAAACGCUUUUCUAAGGAGCAUCUUUAACUUCCCCGGAACUUCUUCAAACGCUUUUCUAUGGACAGAAUGGCUGAUGUUGCCAUAGCUACAAUGGAACGCUAACAGAAAGAUGACGACACCCAACAAGAUGAGAGUUUCCUCUUUAUUUUGGCCUCUCUUCCUUGAGGUUGCAUCUGAUGUCUUAUCCUAAAUCUUGUUUCUAUUUCUCUUCUCAGUCCAUAUCUAUUCUGUUCUUUUCUUUUCCUUUUCUAAUCUAUGUUCAUAAUUCUUUUGCAAAACAGUUGGGUUUGGUUCUUCCAAACAUGUCUUUGUAAGCUGAAGUCUAGAUGUAGAUGUCUAAGCCCCCCAAGUGGUGGAAGUUCUCUGUCUGCCAACUUGGUAGUCACCUGACAGGAAAAAAAAUUGGCUUUUGGUUGAUGUAAUUGACUGUAUAUUUUGCUUUGUUGCCAAGGGAUCACUGGAUUGACUGUUUUUAUCUCAA